CGGCUCGCUAGCCAACUGGUUUCGGCUUCCUCCCUAAUUGAAAGACCGUCUGAAGGGAGAAGGGGAGUACGUGUGGGGUGCGUGACAAAAUGUGUUGGAGUCAGGUCUUUGUGACCAGCUGCUGGCUGGUACUGGCGAUCCAGCUGUUAUGUCUAGAGGCAGUACCUAUCAGCAUGGACAAGACGAAGGUCAAGGAGCCAGAGCAAAAAGCUGAAGAACCCGCUGCGAGUGUGGACACUGGACUGCACUAUGACCGCUACCUGAGGGAAGUCAUCGAUUUUCUGGAAAAAGAUCAGCACUUCAGAGAGAAGCUCCACAACACAGACAUGGAAGACAUAAAGCAAGGGAAGCUGGCCAAAGAGUUGGACUUUGUCAGCCAUCACGUCAGAACAAAACUGGACGAGCUGAAAAGGCAGGAGGUGAACCGACUGCGGACACUGAUUAAAGCCAAGCAGGACCUGGAGGGGGGGAACGAUGUGGCUGUGGAUCACCAGGCACUCCUGAAACAGUUCGAGUACCUAAACCACAUGAACCCACACACAUUUGAAGUUGAGGACCUGGACCGGCUCAUCAAAUCCGCCACUAAUGACCUGGAGAACUACGACAAGGAGAGACAUGAGGAGUUCAAGAGGUACGAGAUGAUGAAGGAGCACGACAGACGGGAACACCUGAAGACGCUAGAUGAGGAGGAGAGGAGGAGAGAGGAGGAGCAUUACGAAGAGAUGAAGAAGAAACACGCAGACCACCCGAAAGUCAACCACCCUGGUAGCCAGAAUCAGCUGAAGGAGGUUUGGGAGGAAGCUGACGGUUUGGACCCUGAAGAUUUUGACCCCAAGACAUUCUUCAACCUGCACGAUACCAAUGGAGAUGGCUUCUUUGAUGAACAGGAACUGGAAGCACUGUUUACCAAGGAGCUGGAGAAGAUAUAUGACCCCACCAACGAAGAGGAUGAUAUGGUAGAGAUGGAGGAGGAGAGGCUGCGUAUGAGAGAGCAUGUUAUGAAUGAGGUGGAUUCCAACAAGGACAGACUGGUCUCCUUAGACGAGUUCCUGGUCGCUACGAAGAAAAAGGAAUUUCUCGAGCCAGACAGUUGGGAGACCUUGGAGCAGAACCAGGCCUACACAGAUGAGGAGAUGAGGGAGUUUGAGGAGCACCUUGUCCAGCAAGAGCAGGAUCUCAAUCAGAAAGCAGUUGACCUCCAGAAACAGAGAGAGGAGCUGGAGAGACAACAGGAACAGCUCAAUGCACAGAAGAUGGAGCUGCAGCAGGCAGUGGAACAUAUGGAACGGCUGAAAACGCAGAAAGUAGAACCUCCUCCGGAGAUACAGGGAAAUGGUGUUCCAGAGCUGCAUGGUGUUGACAACGAGUUACCUCCUGGUUACCAAGCCCUCUCCCAGGACCAUCAGCCGGUACCUCAAGACCAUCAGGAUACACUCCAGCAGGUGGACCACAAGGAAAUUGCUCAGACUCAUGACUUGUCCCAGCAGGGCCUCCCCCAUUCUCCCCCACACCAUGAUCUGCCCCCAGGCCACGUAGACGUUCCUCAGGGCCAACAUGCGGUACCGUAAGGUUACUGUUGUCGGGACCUGGCGCACUUUUUUAACCCAGCAGAUAGGAUUGGGACCAUAACGUAGACAUGCCUGAUCCAAUGGCCCCACAACCACAGACAAUUUCAGUAGCUAUGCUACUCCACCUCGACACCAGAGUGCAGACCAGCAAGUCCCGCUACGCCUUUUGGCCUCUGCUGUUUUUCCCCAGACCACACUUGAGAUGGAGGGCGUCAGGGGAUAGAAGAUCGAAUUUUAAGCUGCUCCCCCAGGGAAUCUGGUUUCAGAUUCCCAGUACAUGGAUUGUGUGUAAAAGUGUGUGUUUGGUUUUUCCUUGCAAAGGGUUUUGGCUGCGUUUAAUGGAUUGCAAUCAUAACAUUUUCGCAACACUUUCUGGGAGCCACAUCAUAAAGAGAGAUAAUCGCAAUUUUUGUUCAGCUUUCCUUUUGUGUACUCCACGCUUUGUGAAAGAGCAGAACUGAAAACCAGAUGAAGCUGAUCUGCUGACCCGUGCUCCCAGGCGGGUCUGGUUUACGAAGCACGAUUUCAAGGUGUCGCAUUGCAUUUCUGAUUUGACUACCAUCUCUUUUUCAGAUACCCCAGGCUCUCACACAAGGUGUUUGAGUAAAGCUGCUUUUUUUGUUUUUCAUAUUCAUACAGUUUUUUUUCCCCCCUGGACAGUAUCGCAUUCUGACAUGUUGAGUACAAGAUAGCUGAGAGAGUUUGUUAAAAAUAAAUCCUAUCCCGAGCCUUAUGAACCACAAGACAACCCCACUAAAUUGCAAACCUAAAUUUGGAGAACUUCUGGAUGGCCUAUCCCAAAAUAUGUCACUCACAUCAUCGGGGGGGGGGGGGCACUUUCUGAUUUCUGAUUUCCAGCCUCAAGUCUUUCAGAUGCUUACAUGGUGGUUAAUGUCACAGUAAGUCAGCUUUCUCAAAAUGCUCUUCAGUAGGGGUGGGACGAUCCACAAAGUUCACGGUUCGAUACGUGUCCCGGUUCAGGAUCAGGAUGUGGAUUCGGUACGACACAGUGGACGCCUUGGUGAGCAUUUAUUUGAAGAAUCGGGCCCAACAUGUUGGCAUUAUCAAGACACGUAGUCAGACAUAAUGCCAGUGCAAAAGUUCCAGCAACAUUUUGUGCCAUCUUUCCUUUUCGUGUUGCUUUACUUUAAAACUUGAAACUAAAAACCACUAGAGCGACCAAGGCAGUCCUUUUGACCGUUUUGGAUUUUCAAAGUUUAAUAACUUUGUGAAAUAAAAAAAAGAUACAGACCUGCCGCUCCCCGAACGCCCCUAAAAUUGCAUAUAUUUGCAUUAAAAUGUGUUUUAGAUCAAUUGCGUUAAAAAAAGUUACAAGAUCUACCUAAAACGACCAUGAGCGGUCAAAAUGACCUCGUGUAAUUUGCGCGUCAUGUCACGUGUGUUGUUACGUCAUUUCCGUCGCAACGUUCAGUUCCGGGUUUUAUAGGCGUGGUUCCGUGUGUUAAGAUUAGCAGCGUGUGUUUUCCGGUUUGUUUUUCAGGCGUUAUGUCCCAACAUGUGUGAGUACAGACGCGCCGUGACCGCCCCCGAGGCGCUGCGGUGUUUGCAGGCGUUGGACGGCGGCCAUUUUAAAUUGUUUGAAAACCAGUAGUGUAGCGAGACUGACUAGCCCUGGGCUAACGGGUCAGACCCUUUAGUCGGCUGGUUACCGUAGUCGCCUGUGGUGCGGGAGACCCGGGUUCACGUCCCGGCUGCCUCCUGAAUCCGCUGCAGUGUUAAAGUUGUUAAAAUGUCAAAUUUCGGUGUCAGUCGUUUCAUAACAGACACACUAACACAUGCAAUGCGUGCGUAUCUCAGCUGGGUAUUUAUCUUGACGCAAUGCAGAGUUUAAAAACCGGCCGUCAUUUUGACCGCCCGUGGUCGUUUUAGGUAGGCGUGAAAUCCCGGUCGUU